UUCAGAAGGCCCAGUUUCUCCUGCACGAGAGGAACUUUCUAUGGCAGCAGAUUUACUUCAGAGUGAGAAUGGCAGCGGUGCAGAGCUGGCAAAGCCUCUCCAUCUCCAGUACCUGGAACGUGCUCUUAGACUUGACCCUUUCCUACGUCAGGCAGCAAGUGUCUUCAACAGGCCUGUUUCCAGUGACGAAAGCGAUGAUGGGCUUGAGGACACUUCCUCAGUAUCUAAAACAGGUUCUGGGAAUCUUCUGAACCGCAUUAAGAAGGAGCCUGCUGAGGAGGAACUGGGAGAGCGACCAGAAGUUGGACAUAGCAGAACUCUGAUAGCUCCACCCUCGCUCAAUGGUGUCUUUCAUCCAGAACUCAAAGUUGAGAGGGGAAACGUAUACAAUUUCAGCAAAUUGAAGAAAAGCAGGAAAUGGUUGAAGAGCAUUCUCUUGAGCAAUGAGACUUCGGACUCCAACACGGAUGAUGAUGACGCCGAAGGGGAGUUUGCGCUCACCAAGGAGGAGUUGCACGAUAUGUUGCGUCUGCAUAAGUACAGGAAGCUGCAUCAGAGCAAAGUGCACAGUGAUAGAGAGCUCCAGCAAUACCAAUACUAUAGCACGGGUCUACUGUCCACGCACGACCACUUCUACGAACAACAGCGCCAUGUCCUAGGCCCUAGCAGGAAAAAGAAGAAAGAAGAGAAAAAAAUGAAGGCCAAGUUGAAAAAAGUGAAGAAGAGGAAGAAACGUGAGGAGGAACUCUCAUCUGGCGAAUCCCCGCGAAGAACUGAGAUGAAAAUAUUUGCCAAGUUCUCCCAUGAUGCUCCUCCUCUCGGUUCAAAGAAAAAGCACCUGAACUUAGAGCAGUUGAAUAUACGGCGACGCAAGGUCUGGCUCAGUAUCGCCAAAAAGGAGGUUCCCAAG